AUGCGCUUCUGGAAGUUACUGCUGCUGAGUCUCCUCGGCCUGACGCUGGCCGACCCACCACAGGCUCCGGAGGACGACUUGCCUCACUCUCGCGGUCGCAUGUUGAAUCCGACGGAAGGCGGAUUUUACCGUUGGGUCGUCCUCGAUCGAAACUUUGCGCCUGGUCACCGCCUCGUUUCCUCAAACGCCGCAUUCAGCUAUAACAAUGCCGUCAUUCACGUCACGGAUCGCACAUUCGCCGUUCUCCAUCAACAAGGCAUCGAUCAUGUCGUCAUCUGUGACAUGGUUGAGGUUUCCGAAGAGAUCGAGGAGGAAUUCGCGAGAAACCACGUUAGACUGACAAGAGUCCGUCGCUUCGGGGAUGACCCGUACCAAAACUGGAUUGUCUUGUUUACAUUGUGGAACAUCGUUCUAGAGCAUGCCGACAGCACCGCAGUCUGGGCCGGCAUCGACUCGCCCUUGAGCUGGGCGGGCACCAUCAUCUCGGCAUUGCAGAUCCUAUCCAUGCAUUCCAUCGGGCAGCUACGACUUCUCAGCGACGAGGAUUAUUCGCGAAACAACGUCAACAGAAUGGACAUGCUUCAUUUUCUGAGGACCUUUCUGAACUUUGUCGCGGCCAACGUACGUGUCGUUGGACAGGAUGCGACCUCUGCCCGUCAAUCACCCGGUCCUGCAGGCGCCGUUGCCGAGCAUGAUGCUGGCGCAGUGGAUCCGGGUCCUGCCGCAGGGCACGAAAAUGGUCAUGAUGCGGAGGAUUCUAGCUCAGCCUCGGCGCACGAGCAUGACGAUGGUGCGGAGGAUUCGAGUUCAGACUCGGCGCACGAGUCGUGUGCGUCGCUUGAUUUACAGAGUGUAACGGAGGAUUCGGGAGAAGCGACCUGCAGCGGCCACUCGCCCGGUCUUGUAAGGGUCAUUCCCGACAAUGAUGCCAGUGCCGAGGAUCCGAGUCCUGCCCCAGUGCACGAUAAAGCUGAUAGCGCAGGGGGUUCGCAUUCAACCUUGCGACACAAAUCGGGUGAGACGUCUCUGGAGGGUGAGCCUGCCAGGUUGACAAGAGCAUCGCGUGAGCUGCGGGCGAGUUUGAAUUCCACCAUAUCAGUGGAAUUGUCAAGAAACGAUGUUCAUGCCGAAGUCUGCGCUCGGGUGAACCCCGAGGCUUCCCAGCCUAUUGUCGUAUUGCUUCCCGGGGACCGGCCGGCACCCUCUGCUGAUGGUGCCGGCGGAUCGGCCGCCCCUGGUGAGCAGGCCAAUACGAAUCCCGAGCCCCAGCAAACCAGCCAGCAAGAACAUGUGGAACAGGGGCUGCAGGCCUUGGACGCCUUGGACACGACCUGUAUUCCUGCGGCGUGUGCCGCCAUCCUCGCCUUGGCGAUGGGAAGGGGCCAGGGCCACAGCAGACGAUCCUUGUCGCAGUACGCGUACAGCGAUAGCAAGAAUCCAUUUAAGCCGAAGGAAUCGGAGAUGAAGCAAUGCGAAAGCCAGAUGUAUUUCGCGACAAAGAAAAAACAGCCGUGGUGCGAGAGCCUGGAAGAGGUCGAGGUAGGCUUCGAGAUGUCUCCCGAAUUACUCGCCGGCACCUGGGAUUGUUUAGGCAUUGCCUUGAACCAAACGUACGGUAUGUUUAAGCAGCAAAUUGCAUAUAAACCCGAUGCUGGCUCCGAGACUUGGUCUACUCUCAACCUGGAGGCUUGGCUCGGCAAGGGCACGACCAGCAUUAGUCUCAAGAAAAUUCGCAUGGUCGAUCUAACCGUUAGGGAGUGCGGCGUUAAUUAUCCAUUUGCGCCCCAUGCCGAUAUAUUUAAAGUUAAAGCGGAUCUGCAGUACAGGAGCAUCAUCAUUCAGUGGAGAAAUCAGUCUUUAUCGCCAAAGCGCCAGAACCAGGAGACGUUUAUUCCGACGCUGUUAAUCUCAUUGACCUUUUCGGUACAAUGGAGGUUCAUCUAA